AUGCCUGGCUCGGCACCGCCCAAGGAGUUGGGGGAGAACAGAGAGUGGAACGUGGAUCUGAUCCCCAAGUUCAUCAUGGCCUCGGGCGACCUGGUGAAGAUCUUGUUGAAGACGAAGGUUUCGCGAUACUUGGAGUGGAAAUCUUGCGAGGGAACCUACGUCUACCAGUACCAGGAGGCGGGCCUGUUCUCGGGUGCCAAGUACAUCCACAAGGUGCCAGCCACCGCCACAGACGGCUUAAAGUCCCCACUGAUGGGGAUGCUCGAAAAGCCACGCUUCAUCAACUUUGCACAGUUCAUCAUGAACUGGGAGGAUGACAAGCCCGGAACGCACCAGGACAUCGACCCGAGGCGGCACACCAUGGCGCAGGUGUACCAGAAGUUCGGCCUCCAGGAGUCCACCAUUGACUUCAUUGGCCACGCCGUGGCCUUGCACCCCAACGACAGCUACCUGAACGGACCUUGCGGACCAACAAUUCAGAAGUGCAGGCUGUACCUUCAGUCCGUGCUCCAGUACGGAGGCUCACCUUUCAUCUACCCCAUCUACGGGCUUGGCGGCUUGCCAGAGGGCUUCUCCCGCCUUGCGGCCAUCCAUAGGGGAACAUACAUGUUGAACAAGUCAGUGGAUGGCUUUGCGUACGAUGACACGGGCAAGGUGUGCGGUGUUAAGUCAGGAGACGAAGUUGCCAAAUGCAAGAUGGUCAUCUGUGACCCCUCCUAUGCAGAGCCGACGAGGACGGAGGUGAAAGGUCAAGUCAUCCGCGCCAUCUGCAUCCUUGGUGCCCCCAUCCCGGAGACAAAGAACCAGGAGGGGAAGCCAGCCCUGUCGUGCCAGAUCAUCUUCCCGCAAAAGCAGCUGAAGCGUAAGAAUGACGUCUAUGUCAUGAUGGUUUCAUGGGCGCACUGCAUCGCAGCGAAGGAGAAGUACGUGGCCAUUGUGAGCACGGUGGUGGAAACUUCCAACCCGGAGAGAGAGAUCGAGCCUGCCCUGAAGCUCCUGGGGCCCAUCCAGCACAAGUUCGUGCAGAUCAGCGAGAUCCGCGAGCCCGUUACGGACGGCACUGCUGCCCUGCCCUCGGCUCUCAGCUUCUCCCUUCCGCCGUCCGCUCAGCUCACUGCAAGGCAACUUCGCCCCAAAGUCCGUUGA